CUCCUGCAGAUAGCACACAGACCAGAGCAGAGAAGGAAAGGAAGGGGGCAGGGUACAGGCUGCUGGGAGAGAUGAUGAUGGAGACAGGACAAGUGCAGGCAUUCUGCAGAGUCAUAUUCCUGGGGCUUUUCCUGCACAUUGUCACUAGUCAUGCAAAUUCCCGAGGCAUUAUCACAUCAGUACCUGUGACCCCAUGCCAUGCACCUCUGCAGUGGGAGGGCAGGAGAGUAGUGUACGAUCAUAACACUGGUAAAAACACCAGGGCCAAUGUCACUUAUGAUGCCAAGCUACAGCGAAUACGGAUUUUGGAGGACAGAAAGAGCCUGGUGCCUUGCAAGAGAUUUUUUGAAUACAUCUUUCUUUAUAAAGAGUCUGUGAUGUUUCAGAUUGAGCAAGUGACUAAAAUCUGUGUUAAGAAUACUUUGACUGAACCUUGGGACCCGUACGACAUACCUGAAAAUUCCACCUACGAAGAUCAGUAUUACAUUGGAGGACCUGGGGACCAAAUCAUUGUCCAAGAAUGGUCUGACAGAAAGCCAGCCAGAAAAUAUGAAACCUGGGUUGGAGCUUACACAGACAAAGAUUGCUACCCGGUGCAAGAAACCUACACAAAGAAUGACAGCAUGACUACCUCCACACGUUUCUUUGACCUACAGCUAGGAAUAAUGGAUCCAUCUGUAUUCACCCCUCCAAGCAGCUGCCAGUCUGCACUCCCUGUGUUAAUGAAGGAUGGUUGCUAAAACUGGCAAACAGAGCAGUUGCUAAAACGACUUCUUAUACAAUAAGCAUUAGAAAUCAGUGCUAAUAUUUAGAAAGCAUUGCUUAAUGAGAAAAAAUAACAGUUUUUUUUUCAUGUUAAUCAAAGUCAUUUUGCAACAUUUGCUUUAUUACAUACUAUAGGGGUUAUUCAGGUCGCGUCGCAACAUGAUGCAACUGCAAUUUCCUCCUUGCUGGCGCUAAUGCGUGCGCGCAUGUCCUGUUCUGUGCGCGUGUGCUUGGCCAAUGCUAUUGGAUCGCAUUGGCUGCGAACACCUCUGCCUGAUUGUCAGGUAGAAGCGUUCGCGGUGCGGCAUUGUGAGUCGUUUUUGGGUACUGACCACCAUUUUUUCCAUCGGAGCAGCUGCGUCAUACAGUCGCUUCAAUGGAAAAAAAUGGCGGCGGGCCACCUGCCGCGAAGGCAGCGGGUCAUCCACAGUUGCUGCGACCGCAAUUAAAUUGCAGACGUAGUUGCUGAGCAGGACAUUCAGCAUGCUGGGCGGCCUUGCCCCGCGAAGGGUGGCCCCAGAGCCGGCCCUAACUAAUAUGAUGCCCUGGGCAAGAUUUUGGCUGGUGCCCCCUAGCACCGCUGCUAGUUCUGCAGGAGAUGCCUGGCAUGAGUCAGCUGGCAGCUCUGCUAAUGCCGGGCGCCUUUUGUUUAUGAAAAUGCAUCUUAUUUGCAUUACUUUGUAGCUAGGAUACACAAGCAGCUUCUGCUGAUUAAAAUGAUAUGCAGCAUGCCUAUAUUCUAUGUGCGACUGCGGCUGUAUCUACAUAUGAAAUGCUACAUUACAGUGAUUUCCAGGAAUACACUGUAACGUAUGCAGAUACAGCCGCAGUCACACACAGAAUAUAGGCAUGCUGCAUAUCAUUUUAAUCAGCAGAAGCUGCUGGUGCCCCUAAGAAUACCAAAUGCCCUAGGCAUUUGCCUAGUUUGCCUAUGCCUAAGGCCGGCUCUGGGUGGCCCCCAGCAUGUGAAAGAAAGGAUUGCAGAUUCUGAUUUUUAGCAGACUCUGCGAUUCAACCUGAAUAACCCUCUAUAUUUGUAGUUCUGAUUGCUGGUAACCUAAAUGAUUUCUGAAGCAAUGCACAGUAUGGCUGAACAUUUACAAUAGUUCCAAAUCAUCUAAUUACUUUUGUUUUAUUAAAGAAUAAUUGCACUAAUGUCAACACUUCAAAUCAGGGCAUGCUGUGACCUAGAGCGUGGGUCACUAGCAGCAUUGGUAUCAAUGUCUACAGGCAGCUGCUUGUAUAACUGAAGAAGAUAUCUAUAACAAAUGUACAUAAUAUAGAUAAAUAUUAAAUAAUGAGAUAACUUGAAGAAAGAAUGUUAUAUGACUGUACUAGCCUUCAGCAAUGGUUAUAUUAAAAGUUUAGUAAAUGUUUUCAUUUUUAUUCACGGUUUAAUUCCCAGAUCAGCUGUAAAUCUAGUACUUGCUUCUACAUGUAAAACACAUAUAGACAACAAGCCUAAAAUUAGACACCAUUUUCACAACUAGACAAAUGAGUGGCAUGUUGUCCAGAUCAUCGUAUUAACAGCCUUCUCUCAUUCAAUAGCACUUUGUCAAGGAGAUAUAAAUGGCUACGCUAUAGGAUUUAUCUGGCCGAAGCAUUAUAUAAAGUAACAUGUAUAUAGAGGUUUUCAGCUUGUGUUACCAUUGUUCCGGUCAUGGAGGCUGUAGUCUGAAUGUUUUUCAUAGAAUUGCACAAUGUAUAGGCUGCAUUCUGUCUCCUCCUUACACUAUAAUAUAACCACUAACUUGUACACUUUUCCCUCUAAAACUAGUGAUAUGAAUGUUACUGAGUGCUGAACCUUCAAUGUGUCUGUUUACAUAUGAAAUGCACAGGCUACAGUACAUCAUGCUAUUGCAGUUCAGGUAUUACACACUGAACACUUACAUAUAUUUAAAGCAAAUGUCCAUAAGCAGUAUAUACUAGUUUCAGAUUAAUAUAUAUUUCCAUCCUUGUGCCCUAAUUUGGAGAUGUACGCAAAGUCGCAAACCCAAUGGAUUGCAUACAUCUCCGAUGGUUGACAUCUCCGCAUGUGCAGGAACCAUUCUCUGGAUGUGCAAAACAGCCCCUGCAUCACUGCACGCAGUGACCCCUGAGCCGCAUCCUGAUUUACAGGCUGCAACUGUCUGGGGGUGGGGGAUGGGCAGAGCUUGGCAGCAUUCCUAAAUACACCCCCGUUUUCUGGGAGUGCCUAGGCCAGAGUCUGCAUCUUCUAACAUAGACUUCCUGGCUUUAGCUACGGAACUGCAAGGACCACUCUCAGUAACCUCUGACGGGCGAUGGUUUCCUAGAUUUUUCAGGCAUGCGCAGUAGCAAAAGUGCUCAACUGAGCAAACAUCAGCAUUACGUCCACCUCUGCAUCAAGCCCAUAGUCACAAGCAACCAAUGCAUUUACAUUCAGACAUUAAAAGAAACAAAAACAGGUAAAUAACGAUCUGACACAUCCAUGUUAUUGCUAUAGGUCAAAUUGACAGAAUAACCACAUCAAUUUGUAUUAGUGCCUAUUGGAUGUUCUUACUUUGUAUACUUUUGGUAGAACAGAAUUUAGUAAAAAUUUCAGUAAAAAAUAUAUUUACCAAACACAUACAUAUAAUGUAGUAACUACUGACUUGGGCAUCCUAAUGCAUCACAUCUGAACCCAUUAACAUUAAUAUUGAGCUUGAAAACAAUGUCCAGAAUCAGUAUACAGCUUAUUAUAGUAUACCCCAAAUGCCGUGGGUAGAUGAGUGCAGGCCAACAAAAGAAAUCAUUCGGGAGGAGAAUUUAUCUAACUCUUGGAGUAAAUAAGGUGAAGUUACUAAAAGCAACAGGAUAUGAGAAAUUCAUAUAGGCGCUCAAUAUUAUUCUAAAUAUGGAUAUUCAUAAAAUAAGUAUAAAAUAUGUUUCUUAUAUGCAGAUAGCGAAAGUCACUGAGUUUGAUCCACAGCCUCCUGAUGGUAAUAUUCCACAAGUAUUUAAAAUGUCAUUAAUAUGUCUUACACUUGUAUGGAUGUAUUCCCACAAUCUUGCUUGCUACAUCCAACUCUCUUCUUUAGGAAGUCAUCCUCCCAGCAAUGAUUAGAAUCAGAAAAGAGUCGUAAAGUGUAAAAUCGUUUUUUAAUAACAUGAGACAUCCAGACAAAAGAUCAAGUAGUGACAUAAAAAGUGCAAAACAAAACAGACUCCUAACAAAUAGCUGUUAGACCAGAGCCUCACAUAUAGCAUUGGUUAACGAUGUUAUACCCGGGAACACCAACCGUCAGACCUUCAGCCUUUUCCUCACAUCUGGUAGUCAGUCAACAUAUAAAAUGGUCUUUUUCAAAGUGAGGAGGAGUCUAAACAUACAUAUUUAAACCAGGUUUAGCCAAUCAAAUGAUUUUUUCAAAUUGGUCUUCAAAUAUACAUGACAUAUUUCUAUAAUAUACAAAACAUCCCAUAUGAUAUCUGAUGAUUUCAUUUCAACAUAUUGAAUUCUUAAGAAAACAAACUGUUUAAAAUUGCAAAUUAAAAGUGUGGUUAAGGCAGAGGUUCCCAAACUGUGUGCCGUGGCUCCCUGAGGUGCCUCGGGACACUUGCAGGGGUGCCCUGGGUUGCUGGUCCAGGACCAAUUCAAAUUAUUCAUGGUCAAUAUAAUAGGCAAAACCAGUGCUGGUGGCUGCCAGUCAUAAAAUUUGUGGCCAAACAGAAGCAAAUCUUGUCCUCACCACACAACUGACCCUAAGGAUGACAUAUAAACGCGAUCUACUUAAUGUAAUAUUUCUUUCUAAAUUUCUCAAUAAGAAAUUUUUGACCUAGGGGUGCCGUGAAAAAAAUUCUGAUAUUCUAGGGCACCAUGAUUCAAAAAAGUUUGGAAACCACUGGGUUAAGGGUUUCCCAAGUUAUCCCACUAUAUUCUAAACAAUACAGAAGAAACUUGGGUGGAGGCAACUUUUGAUAUAAACCAACUACAUAGCAGUAUGACCAGCCAUCAAAGCCAACUUAAGGUGAUAAGAAGAAUAAACAUUAAUUGAUGAUGUCAUUGAACCUGCCGUUCCGGGUGCUGUGGGACUCUUGUGUAUGCAGCAGUUAGGAGGGUGGAAGUCACUUCCGUCCACGGCUAGGAACUUGGCAUUUGUACUGUAUAUGGUUUCAAUUAGUUUACACUGUGAUGGACAGUUAUAUAAACCAAUGGGCUUAAAGGAAGGCUGGGUUCGAUAACAUCAUCAUGAAAUAUUUAUUUUUGUUAUCACCUUAAGUUGGCUUUGAUGGUUGGUUUAUAUCAGAUGUUACCUCAGCCCAAGUUUUUUCUGUAUUCUUCAGGAUAUAGUGGGAUAACUUGGGAAACCCUGAACCACACUUUUAAUUUGCAAUUCUAAUAUAAGACAUGGAAUUGGACAACACUCAAGGAAUGUCAACACUUUAUUAGACAGGAAAAUUCUCACGCCUUCAGUCGAUGAGUAUAGAGAUGUGAACAAGAACUGAGAGUUAAAGAGCCUGUUUCCAAAAACCAUUAGGCUCUAAUUGCUUAUCACUUUAUAUUAGAGUACAAUGUUAAGAUAUGGAACAACAAUAUGCCAAAUUUGACAUUUCCAGAUUGAUUACAUUACAUUAGGAUUGAGUUACUAGGUACUAAUAAAGUUUACAUUUCCUUUGCUCUAAACUAAAUUUCAGUUUCCUACCAACAAGUGCAAUGAUCACCUUUUAUAUUGUUUGUAAUAUAGGGGGAGUGGUAAACACUCCUCCUGUUCCCAAACCUUGUUUCUACUCACACAUACAGUACAUACAUACAUACAUACAUACACACACACACACACACACACACACACACACACACACACACACACACACACCUUUAACCUACAGAAAAUAGACUUUUCUCUUUUGCAGUAUAUGCUGAUACCUACCAUAUUUAUAACAUGACUAUCAAGUAACUCUAUUGAAUAGCGUUCUUUAGCUGCUGUCGAUGGUGUACAUAGAUAUAUCACUAUAAUUGAGUUAUCAUCUCCUGUUAGGUAAUAGUUAACAAUAAGAUCCUUCCUUCCUUCAGGCAUCCAAUUCUCUGCUGAGUUCAGUUUUAAGUGGGAUUGGUGUUCAGCAGAAACAAGCUCAGCUCCUUUACUAAACUCUGAGGUGACUGCCCACAAUAAUCUGCCAUUCAUUACUGUGUGAAGGGAUUUGACGGUUGAUUGUCAAAUUAGGCAUUUUCUGUGUGAAGAGAGAUGACCGGUUGGCUGUGUACAUAUGAGGACCAGAUGUACUAAGCCUUGAAAAGGGAUAAAUUUCACAGUGAUAAAGUACCAGCCAAUCAGCUCCUAACAGCAAUGUUACAGGCUGGGUUUGAAAAGGACAGGAGCUGGUUGAUUGGUACUUUGUAACUGUGCAGUUUAUCCCUUUUCAAGGCUUAGUACAUCUGGCCCUCAGUGUUAGCAUCCCCAGCUGCGCCUCUUGCUCUCCACCUUCCUGGGCUGUCAUUCAGGCUCGGCCGGACAGCAAGUUCUGUCACUCUCACUCGUCACCGCUAGUCACUGGCUGUCUCCGAAUAAAGUUACCUUGGAGUCCUUUGCCUGGCUCCUGGCACUCUCAGCAGUGUCCUCAGACAAAUGUGGAACUGCACCAGCUUCCUCAGACAAGCUGUCCCCUGGUCUGUUGACAGGAGGACAUUAUAGUGCACCACCUGGGAGUAGGUAACCAGGGCUCUCUCUCAUUGAUGGCGGAUAGGCGAGCAGACUUUUAUAUCCUUUGCUCCUGCUUCCCACAUGCUUCAUGUGCCGGGGCUCUUGUGAUGGGGGAUUGCCCGUAUACAUUCAAACAACUUUAUUGGAGGACAGAACGAUCAUGUUUGGUACUUCGUUAGCAUAAACAAGGUCGCUAGCAAUAUUGCUUGGUUUGAUUUGCAGCACAUCUACCUCGCUACCAUGAUUAGUGAUCAUAGGAGCUCUCAAUCACCCAUACACACUAAGCGGUGUAGGUGAUUUGCCGUUAAGAAACAGCAAAUCGUCCUGAUAUCGCUCCAGUGUAUACAGUGCAUUAGAUGGAAAACAAAGGGGAAUAUUCAAUUGUUUGACAAGUCAGUUGGGUGUCUGUUUUUUCCUAUCUAAUAGACAGGAAAAAACAGAAACCCAGCCGACUUUUCAAACAUUUGAAUUUCCCCCAAAGAGUCCAAAAACAUGCUAUAAGUCUCAUCACUGAGUAAUGAUGUUAGUUGUAUGAAUUAAACCUUUCUAAAGGAUCCUUUAUGCUAUUUCUUGGUUUCCAUUUGAAAAAUGAAUAUAGAUAUAUCAGAACCUGCACACUUAAAAACUCAAAUGCACGGUUAACAACAAUGUAACAACCGUAGGUAAAUAUGACGGAUUGAAAAUAUUCAUAUAAGAAACACGGCUGUCAAAAAAAAAUCAAUAAAAAUCUUUAACCAACA